GUAAUGUUUCGUACAUGAAUUAUUACAGGACAAGGGGCACCUACCCAAGUGUUCUCUCCUAACCGACAACUGCACCUCCAUAUUGGAAAUUUCGUUAACGGAAGCUUGAAGAUACACUGUAAAUACUCCAGACUAAAUUAAAAUGAAGACUAUUAUAUUGGUAGGAACACUUCUACUUGCGGUUGUGGAAGCCAGAACCAGGCUACAUUUUAAGGGGUGCCUGACUGUAUAUUGUGGCAACGGCAGAGAAUGUCAGACGAAUCAAGAUGGCGACCCGGAAUGCGUUUGCAUGUCGUCAUGCAAGCCACACCGGAAACCCGUAUGUGGGUCUGAUGGGAAACGUUACGAUAAUCACUGUGAACUCCACCGUGCCGCCUGUCUACAAAACAAGAAGAUAGCUAUUGCGCACAACAAGGAAUGCUUUUAUAACGAUGAUCGUUGUAAUAAAGAAGAUUAUGUUGUGAUGAAAGAACAAGUCCUACAGCAUCACAUGGACGAAUUUACAGACCCCUCCGCUGAUACAGGCAAUGCUGCUGCCCCACCCGUGAACAAGAAAUUCACAGUCAGUAUGAUGUUUGGUUUCUAUGACGCCGAUAACAAUGAAUUGCUGGAUGACGCUGAAUUGGUGAAAGUGAUUUCCAAAGCGAGGCUUCAGGACUUAACUGGUUUCUGUAGUGUUCUUGAUUUACUGCGUUACGACGACGCAAAUCAAGAUAGACAAAUCGAUGUAGAUGAGUUUUAUGCUGCUUUUGGUAUUUCCAUGGUUUCUGUCCCGGAUGAUUCACUCGUCGUGAUGACAACUGGAAAGCUGGGCGAAGGACUCUACCUGAAGUGCGCCAUCUCAGGCGAACCAGAGAUACGUAUCAGAUGGAAACGUAAUGGGAUUGAUUUGACUGACAGAGACAUUGAAGGCAUCAGGACAUUGGACGACCAUUCUCUAUACUUCACGUCUCUCACGACUCUUCAUACCGGCAACUAUACUUGUCAUGCUAAUAUUGGAGAAGAGGUUGUGCAAACACACGUACUGAAAGUGGAAGUAACACCCGAAGUGAAAGUGUGUCCACGUAGCCAGAUUCUCCUGCCGGGAAGCUAUGCAGCCAUGAAAUGUUCAGCGUUUGGUAUUCCUCAACCUGAACUGAGUUGGAAAAAGAAUGGCGUUGUCAUGGAUACCACCGCUUCAGGACACGUAACCGUUGAUGCUAAUAGCACGAGUAUUCUUGUUAACGACCUCAAAUACGAAGACACUGGUGCUUAUGCAUGUAGUGCAGUAAACCCUGCUGGUAAACAAGAAGCCGUGGCAUCUCUGUUCAUUGAGGACCAGCGCAGAACAACGCACCACGGACCGCUAGAUUUGUUUUACGUUUUCCAUGACAACGGCAUUAAAGUCUAUGACCCUAAAACAUGUCAGCUUAGUCGGAGUAUCUUGCCAGCCGACACCAUAGUUGGAACGGAAUUUCAUGUUUGUAGCAGUGACACGUGUAGCUGGGGAGAUGCCGUUGAAAUCGACCGGAAGUUUAUCUACGUCACUCAGCCGGAAGAAAACAGAGUUAUCAUCAUUGAAAUAAACACUCAGCAAGUUAUAGAGGUGGUUCCCACCGACAACGUGCCAGUCGAACUGCAAUACGUUAAAUAUCUGGAUGAAAUUUGGGUUCUAUGCUGGGGCACGCUUGACAAAGAUAAUGGGCAACGAACCAUAGAAAUCAUCAGGAAGGCGAGCGAACACAUUGCACACGACACUGUCCAUACUCAACCAAUCGGCAACCACUUUGACCUCGUCCAAGGAAUAUUUAUUCCACCAUCGGCACUGUCAAUGCAGGACGAAUAUCGAUAUAUUUAUGUCGUGCACAAAGACGAGCUUGGAUUACACAAAAUCGACAUGGAAAUAAUGGCUUCAAUAAAAGCGAUCGAUCUGUCAGAAUAUGAUUGUUAUCCCAGUGACCUGGCUUUCACCCCCAUCGGUGGAUACGUCAUUGUACGCUGCGAAGGAAGAGACAGCGUCACUGCCAAACAGUUAAUCUUAGAUUACCUCACCGAUGAUGUAAUUACCGUCAUGGACGCCAUUAAAGGCAAACCAUACGUAUCUCCUGAUGGUCGGUAUAUCAUCAGCGUUGACAAUGAUUCCGGAUCAGUAACGGUUCAAACUGUAUCAGAAUGUGGUUGUAUAGCGCCCUCUUUUGAUGUUCAUACCAAUCUUCACGUGAGCGACAUAGCGUUCUACCCUGCUAAAGGCAGCCAUACCUACGACAUCUUUGCUAGCUCUCAGGAUAAAACGGAUGUGCUCUUCGUUGACUUGAAAGACGGAAAGGUAGAAAUGAUAACAGGGGUUGGGCAAGCUAUGGACCUAACUGAGUGGAGGUGGAAUGCAAACAAUCGUGUUAUUCAAGGAAGCGGUUCAUUCGGUCCAUAUCUUCUAUCGCCCGCGGCGCAAAGUGUAUUCAUACUCGAUGGCAACACCCGGGAAGAAAGGUGUCAAAUCAAUAACAUCACGCAUGGCAAUGUGGUCGUCUGGGUCGGUAGUUGUUAAAUUUAACGCCCUUAGCGUUGGACAUUUUAAGCAUUUACUAGCCAAGCAUUUGUUUUUUCCAAUCAAAAUAUGCAGUUCUAUUCAUUUUCCUUCGUUGGCCUACUAGAGGGUAAUUCCAAGUCUUUCAACUCAACCCUUGAAAAGAAGACACGCCAAGAGAGGAGACUAUGAUUUUAGUGCCUUUUAGCGUUCUUGUGUUUCUUUAAACAUCAGAAGUUUAGUUCACAUAGAGUUGGGGCAAUGACGUAAAUACGAUGUGAUUUAUUCAAGUUUUUUUAGUUACCAAAUACAAACAUCUUUUAAGGAUUAGGAGACACCAUUGACGCGUCGAAUUAACGCUGUUGGUUAAAAAAAUACCUAGUGAUUUAAAAGAUAUUAUGAAAAUGAAACAAAUAUUAUAAUUUUUAUUGUUCAUUUUAAACCUUUGAGCAAAACAAUUUAACAAAGACAUUUUAAAAUAAUUGUUUUUUUUUCAGACAGACCGUGCUUCCGUUAGAUGAAAAAAUGUGCACAUACAUACACUUUUCUCUCAUCGUCAGUUUAGUGUUUUUCAUUGACUAGAUUAGGCACGCGCAUGCGCGUAUAUUUGCCAAUCAGUCAGUUUUGAACGCCCGUCUUCUCAUCAAGCGUGCAAAUGCAUUCAGUCAUAGAAUAAUUGCUUACUAUGGGAUAUAAAUUAAAUAUACACCACCCAUACGCGUUUUUUAAAGUAUAAACUAACUGCGUGCAGCAUUCUAUAUGUGAUGUAUCUUAAAAAUACUUCCAGUUGGUCACAUUUAAUCGGUAGCAGUGUAGUGUAAAAUGGUGUAGUCUGUGCGUCGUCACGUGGUUACCCAGCAAUUAUUUCCAGUCACGCAAGACACGGGGUCUCCGUUUCAGAAAUAUAACAUUCUUCACUUUUUCACCGCGAAAUUCAGAUUUUCGAAAAGGUUGUUUUCGAAACCAGAUUCUUUGAGAGACAUACCGAAUAUAAUAGCGCAUAUUCCAUAGAUGUUUGUGUUGGUUAAAUAGUGCAGGUUUCUCUAGAAAAUUUAAGACUUGUACUAUUGCGUCUAAAUGAUGUAGCCUGUGUGUGAAAUCCAGCACUUUGAAAUAUACAAUUUACUACAUAUGUGUAUAUAUCAUAAUUUAAUCGUAAUUCAGUUGUUACUUGUCGAUAUCGGUAGAAGCGACCAAGAUGCACCCUUUUAGCAACUGCUAAGACGUGAAACUGAAACCGUCAUUUCCAGGACCUGAAGGGCCAAUCUAUAUCAUGAUAAAUAUUCAACACAAUUCAAGUUUUAUCUUUAUUAAAUUUAAUAUGUCAUUUUUCGAAUUUACUGAAUUUGAAUAGUGUUGUUGACAAUGAUAUGUCAAACGAUCAACCCACUUUCACUCUAGCGACGAAGCGCUUCCAUGACGUGGUGCAAUAGGUGGCUUUCACGGCGGCGAUAUUUCAUCUCCAGAAGUCUGUCCAUAAAAACAUGUUUGUUAGAGUUUUUGAGAUUAUAAACGACAAACGACUUCACAACUAAUCACAAUUGUCUUUUUAAACGACAACGCUUACUCCCGUCACGUCAUUUUGACGCAAGAGAAGCGUUUCAUCGUUAGAGGGCGCAACUUAUUGAAUAGAUCUCAUAAUAACAUUCAUUUGUGACUGCUACGUCAGUCCCUAGGUGCGUGAUCUGAAAUUUAGAGCGUUCUAGGUGAAUAGAAUUCAUAUUAUUGUAGAUAGCAUACUCAUUGUUUACAUCGAGGAUAAUCCUACCUGUACUUAUGUUUUUAUUUUUUAUUUUAAGAUUAUUACGUCUAUUCAAAAGACUUUUUUAAUAAAAUGGAUGAGCCGUAAAUGCUUUAUGUAGAUUUUCAGUCAUAUUUUGGCAAAUGUAUUUGUUUUAAUUUUUUUAUAUACUGGCCAUAUUUCUGACUAAAUUUCAGUUUUUUGUUUACGUUCACCGAAUAUUGUUUUAUUAAAGUUUCAUGGUUUCGUCAGAAUGUGUUCUGUCAGAAACUGUCACGUGCAUGUUAACACAAAUAAUAUACAUUCAUGUACCCACAAUGCACUACACAUUUAUGCAAAUUACAUACCCAGAUACAAGGUUUUUGUCACAGUAAUUAUUGCUUGAAUGACGUAAUUAAUUGUAACAGUUGUAUGUAGAUUGUUUCAAUUGUACCGCUCUUUACAAAAUAAAACGCAAGGCUUUCGUCCUGUA